UACAAGUUGAAUGGUCUUUGACUUGGCACAUAAUACAGAAAACCAUAAAAAAUAUUUAAACAACUUUUUUAAUGCUUUAAAAAUGCCUUCAAAUUGAUCUAACAUGAAAUUGGUUUCCAAACCGGCAACACCUUUAUUGAACCACGUCUUGAUCGUCCGGGUUUUUACCAUAACAUUAACUUCACUAAUAAUUGCUGCUAAUCACGCCAAAACGAAUUCCUGUCUUUACCUAUGAUCACAAAGUUAGGUUGGAGUUUUUGUUUUGGUUGUUUCAAAUUCUACUAUGGAUCUUUUUGAAGACAAAAUAUUCAACAACAAUCCCCUCUAUAUGAAGAGCCUGAUAGGGCAAACGGUCGAAAUAACUACCACCGAUUCACAGUCAAUUAAGGGGGUAGUUUACGUUAUUGACCCGAUUUAUAAAACCAUCGUUUUACAUACCAGAGAAAGCAGCCCUAAAAAACACGAUACAGUUUUCAUUCUGUAUCAUGCAAUCAAGUCUCUGGAGCUUCAGGCUGGUGAGCGCGACAAAACCUACCUAGAACGGCAAGCCCCUAUUGAUGAAAAUGUUAAUUCAAGCGCAGAAAAGAGGCGACUGAAGAAAUGGCUUCAACAGAUGUACAUUAAUGUUGAAGAAGCAGGCGAGUACUUGAAGAUCGAUGAUCAUCUAUUGAUCUUGCCUCCUUAUGGUUUAAAUAACUGUAUAUGCAGUAACGUGAUAGUUCUGGAGAAAAUCAGAAAUAUCAUUAAUUUAAUGCCAACCGACUUUGUUUAAACAUUAAAUACUAAUGUGAUAAAAUCCAGAUGUUUCAGUUCAAUUUAACAGUAUAUUUAUUAAACGCCGGUCUUAAAACCGUUAUCAUAUCUUA